CUGAGGACCAUGUCUGUACCCAAAGGCAGAGUUCUGGAUAAAAACCUUGAUGAGGAAGGGCUUGAAAGUGGAGACUGUGGCGAUGAUGAAGAUGAGUGCAUCGGAGGCUCUGGUGAUGGAAUGAUGAAAGUGAAGAACCAGCUCCGCUUCCUUGCAGAACUGGCUUAUGAUCUGGACGUGGACGAUGCUCCUGGAAGCAAGCAGCAUGUGAAUCAGAAGGACAAUGAGAUAGUUGCCUCUCACAACCUUGGGAAUGGCCAUCCUCCCCUGAAGCUUCUCACCAGCUUGGCAAUCUCUGUGCUGUGCUUUUUCCUCCUGGUGCAUUGACUGCCAAGCUCACAGCAUAUGUGCUGCCCUUCAGCACCCUGUGGUCUCCCUCUAUAAAGGGAACCACCUUUUUCUUUUUCCCUAUUUUUUUAUCUUCUGUACCUCCUUCAGCCAUUAAGUAGAAGACUAACCCUGCGUUACGUUUUCGAAAAUCACAUGGCAUCUCCGUAAGGAGGGCAAAUUUUAGUGGUAGUAUAGAUUCUUUUGCAAUAAAGAAAAUCAAAUUGUGCCAAAUUAUUUUCUUAUGUUUGGCUGCUAGAACAUGGUUGCCAUGUCUUUCUCUCUGUCUUUCCCUUUGCAUGGAUUUCUUUGGAAAAAAAAAAUAAUAAACACUCAAAUA